GUCGUUCCAGGUCUUUUAGUAGUGCAGGGGUGUUUUGAAAGAGUGUAAUUUGCUCGUUAUACUACCUAUGUACCGAAAGGAGUUUGGGUGGGUUAACUCUUGUCCGAGGUGCAGUACUACUACAUUUUGCCCAUAAGGCAAAUACUACCCUAACCAACCCUACCUUUGGAUGAUCAUACUUCGAUGGAUUCUAAGGAAACUAAUGCAAAAAUCGUCAAGAUGAAUCUGGGCGCAAGUAUCCGUUUAAAUAAAUUUGGAAUCGCCCUCAUUGGUGGUAUGAUCUUCUUUAUUGUUUUACUGUAUAGAAAUUCUGGAAGCCCUUCCCAGUCUGAUUUUGAUGGUCGUGCAGCAACCGUUAGUCUGAAGAGAUUACUCUCUGCUGCAAUUGAUGCAGCAGAAAGGGGUGGUAAAAUUGUGUACAAUGUGCGUGUCAAGGCAACACUUAACGAACAGAGUAAAGGGAAAACCAAAGAGGGUGCAAAUGAUCCAGUUACUGAUGGUGACCUCAAGUCUCAUUUGGCCAUGUUCUAUGCUUUAUCAAAGUCAUUCCCGGGAGUAGAGGUCAUUUCUGAAGAGCAUGAUAAAAGCAACGUCGAUGCAUCAACUGUUUCUCCAGCUGCUACAUUUAAUGUUGAAGUAGAGAGCACCAUUGUAGAUGACGACAGCAUCCCUGCUGAAGACAUAAGGGUUUGGAUAGAUCCCCUUGAUGCUACUCAGGAGUACACAGAAAACUUGAAACAGUAUGUGACCACCAUGGUAUGUGUUGCGGUAAAAGGCUAUCCAACACUAGGUGUCAUUCACAAACCUUUUGAAAAUUUAACAGCCUGGGGAUGGGCUGGUAAAGGUGUUUCUCCCAAACUUCAUGUUACAAAAGAUCAGGGUGGACCUAAAGACGACAUAGCACACAUUAUUGUCUCUCGGUCUCAUUCGGGCGAUGUCAAAGAUGUAGCUUUAAAAGCGUUUGGUGAAAGCACCGUUGUCAUUCCAGCUGGAGGUGCAGGAUACAAAACAUUAGCAGUGAUACAAGGUGAGGCAGAUGCAUACGUACAUGUCACACUAAUCAAGAAGUGGGACCUCUGUGCUGGCAAUGCCAUACUGAAUGCCUUGGGGGGGAAGAUGACGACACUGAAAGGAACACCCAUUGAUUAUGGCAACAGAGAGGAGUACAAAAACCAAGGUGGUGUUCUGGCAACAUUAUACCAGCACGACUAUUAUUUACCCAAAUUGCAGGUGUUGCAAAAGUCAUAAAAUUUGUAUUGUUAUACCUUGUAGGUAGUGUUAGUGUACAAUCAUCUUUAGGUUUGUGUGAUGAGGUAGCUGGGUAACAUUUUGGUAGGUCAUUUCUUUUUCUACUCUGCAUUGUGUCAUUUUGUUGUUCCAGCUAAAAUAGUGGCAAGUAUUAGGUUGUCAUCUCCUCUGUCCUCAUGAAACAUUUCACUGUAUUUUACUUUAACUUUUUCUCAACCUCUUAAGAGCUGGUUGUAGUGUAAUAAUAAUAGAAAUUCAUCCCACAUCGAAUUAAUUUUAAUGAUUUUUGGUUGUUCAUGUGUUGAACAGGUUACUGGGUAAUUACACUUGGAUUGUUUUAAAAUAAGCAUGUAUUGCUCACGUUUUUUAUAAAAUCUGAUGAGCAUUUAACCUUUACCUGGUGUGAACAUUUUUCAUUUUGUUUUAUAUUAUUUUAUGAUAAUUCAUUGAAUUGAAUUAUUUUACAAUACAGUGUGUAUAAUCUGGAAAUACCUUUCCAUAAAUAUAAAAAUUUUAUAUGUAUAAUCUGGACAUACUUUUCCAAAAAUAUAUAGUUUUAGUUUUCAUUAAACAUUUGAAAUGAUCUGUUAUCAGGUGCACAAGUCUUUAGUAUUCAGUUUUUUCUUCCUCUUGCUAAAGUACAUCAUAUAUGUCAGAAAUCAUCCCUUUACAUAUGCAUUAUGAUGUGUAGCCAGGCAUUUCCUCUGAUUCCUUCUUGUCAAAAUAAUGUUAAAGACUUCAUUUAGUGCAUAGUGCUAUGCAUUUUUACCAAAACCUUUCAUCAUUCACAUUAUCUUAUUUCUAAAUCCUUUCAUCCAAUAACAACCUGACUAAUACCUUACAAUUUGGAAAUAUCCAAAGCUUCACGAAAGUCUUCCUAACUUUUGCAGUUUCUAAAACAUUUUCUGCAUAAUUUAGAUGUAGAACAAUUGUCAGAAAUGCACUUAAUGUUGUGUACAUCCAUCAGGAGAAAUAGAUUACAGUAUAUGUGGUAACUGAGCUCUCAUAUCAUUAGGUUCAUAGUGUAGUAUGUGCUUUAAUGUCUGCUGAUAGAGUAUAUUAGUAGUGUAUACUGUAAUUAGCAAGUGUAGCUCAUGUUAGUAAAAUGUUAGAACCUGAAAAAUAUUGAUGGAGUAUUAUUCAUCAGUCAUUUGAAAGUCAUUGAAAUUAGUUGUUAGAUAUGUAGUUAUCUGAAAUAGAAGUAGAUGCAGUUUGUAUUACUAGCCAGUGUUUGCAUUGUAAGUCUUUCCCAGUGCAUGUAGUAUUCAAAGAGGAUUUUGUAGUAUACAGUCAGUAAUAUUAAUUCCAGCAAUACAGGACAUAAUCAGUUUGUAGCCAGAUGUUAUGGAAUCAAAGACAAUAUAUUGCAAGCAAGGAUUUUAAAGGUACUGUAUUUUUUUUAGUCAGAUUUUAUGGAAUCAAAGACAAUAUAUUGCAAGCAAGGAUUUUAAAGGUACUGUAUCUAGUAUGAUAUUCAGAUCAGUUUCAAGUAAAAUUAUGUAGGGCAACUUUUGAAUAUGGAAUUGAGGAUAAUGACUGAACAGCAUUAGCCAGGAAAGCAUUGAGGUAAAAUCCAAAUUAGUGUUUCAGUGGUCGUAAACUUGCAUUUGCAUUUUAGGGGAACAACAAAAGUAUGCAGAAAUGCUUCUGUUAGGUGAAAUGAUGUUUGAUUGUGCUUAUAUAGAUGUAUAUAAGGAGGUAAAGAAAUACAUAAUGUGAACUGCUGAAGAAUUCCCAUUGUACUUUAUUUUUUACUUUUACAAAUAAUUGAAAAAUUCCUUGUAAACUUUAUAGAUACUUAGUUUUUGCAGCUUUAGGAUUAUUAUUAUUAUAUUUUAUCAGUUUUAUAUAUUUUAUUAAUUUUUUCCAAGUAUGCACAAAUUAAUAGGGCAUUUUGCUAUAAAUAAUUCUUUGUUUUAUUUCUUGUAUAUAUAUAUUUAAACCACUAGGUAAAGACAUUAACUAGUUGUAAUGGUCUCUUCCUUGUGAAAUGUUUUAAUUCUUAUCAUUUUGUGAUAAGUACACAAGUCAAAGGUUUGAUCACUGAUAGAGAUUGGGAUUGGGAGAAUUACUGCCUGACUUCCAGACCUCAUUGAAGUCAUGACUUUUGCUCAGUUAUUCCAGGCCUUUUUGUUCAAUACAAACCUUGAACUAGAUGAUGUUUUUAUCUGUAUUAUAAGGCUACUUUGUACAGUUUGUAUAGAUAGAUCCCAGCUGCCGUGAAAAAUUUGUUAUACUGUUAGUUUCUUGUCGGCAGCUGGCCUAUAAAUAUGCAUGUAAUGCUUUAGUUGUUACGACUCAGAUCGAUGCCUAAUUCUAGAUGCAAAGCACAGCAGUUUGUUUGCAAAUGACUUAACUGUUAACAGCGGGUAAUGAACUAAUGGUGGUCCAUUUUAACUUCAUUUUGUGAAUAUGAAACAAAAUGAAAGAUCUUUGGAAGAUUUUUGUUUUAUAAUUUGAUCACAUUAAUGGCUCCAAUUAUGAAUAAUGUACUUAAUACUGUAUCUGUUGUAAGGUGCAUUUCACCUACAGCUUACAUAAUUAUUGCUGAAUUCAUUUUUUUAUUUACAGAUUGUAGUCAUUCUUGUAGUGCUAGGCUUCUCAGACCUGGUUUGGCUCUUGUGGUAGUAUGCUCAUGUUCUAUCCAGUGUAAAUAUGUUUUUUUUUUAACCUCAAAUUGACGUUAAUUUUAUUAUUUCCUUCUGAAGGGCAUUACAUUAAAACUUUAAAUCUUAUUUAUAUUUUUUAAUGCACAUACCAGUAAUGCUUUGUAAUUAGUUGCCAUUGUUUGCAGUUUUCUGGAUUAUUUGUGAAACAAAGAUUCAGUGUGAUGAAUUCUAAUUACAGCACUCGCAUUGAUGAAUGACUGGAGUUCCAUUUGUUGUCUUGAUCUCACACACAGCACCCACAAGUGCUGUUCUUUUUAUUGCCCGAGUAACUGGCACUUCAUUGUUCGUAUUCGCGGACUGGUCACCGUCAGUGAACUAGUCUAGGGGACAAAGACUUGGUUUUGGCAAAUUCUGAGGUGUAGCAGCGAAAGAGCUAUUGCAGCCUUCAAUGUGUUGUGUGGGUAAUCAGCAGUAUAAUUGUAGUGAUAUUUACAGUAUACAAAUGCGCUUUUGUUGAGUGCAUUUCAGUCUUUAUCAGUGCUUUUCGUUUUUCAUAGAAUUGGAUGGGCAUUCUCCUUUUCAUUUCAUGUUCACCAUCAAAAUUUUCACUUUGCUGUAUACAGAUUGGAUAGGCUCAUUUUAAUGUUAACAAAGACACUUGAAAAAUAUGAUUAUAUAUGUACAAACAGUAUACAGCUUUCCAUUACAAAUCUUGUCUGUCAGAAAAUGAAACAUAAGUCUUUGCAAUUGAAGCUCCACUUACUUUCAGACAUCAGUGAUAGAAAUUAUGAAUAUAUUAACAGUUCAGUACGCUAAUCAAAGAAAUUGUUGGAUUCACAGUCACAGCUGUGAAAUUUAUUGUAUUAAAUAAUAAUUAAAAAAUGUACAUCC